AUGACUGGCGCAGAACAACAACAAAAGGGAUUAGGCGGUGGUCCAAGUACAAGUGACGGCGGAAAUAACAGUGACGUAUUUCGAGUGGGCGUACGGAUACCACCCUUUUGGCCCGAGGAACCGGCUGUAUGGUUUGCCCAAAUUGAAGGUCAGUUCAUUUUGUCUAAUGUUACAAGUGACUCCACCAAGUUUUAUUAUGUCAUUAGCCAAUUAGACCAUCAGUACGCAGCAGAAGUCAAAGAUAUCAUUAUUUCCCCGCCGGCUACAGACAAAUACGAGAAAUUAAAGUCGGAACUUAUCAAGCGCCUCACAACGUCUAGAGAACGUAAAAUUAAACAGUUGUUGAUGCAUGAAGACCUUGGUGAUAGAAAGCCAUCUCAAUUUUUGCGUCAUUUACAAAGCUUAGCAGGGAAGACAAUACCAGAAGAGCUUAUACGAACUAUUUGGUCGAGUCGAUUGCCAAAUAAUUUACAAACAAUUGUCGCAUUACAGAAGGACAGCGCCCUCGAAACCGUGGCAGAUCUGGCGGACCACAUUCAUGACAUAGCACCGCCCGCAGUCGCUCAGGUAGCCAGAUCAGCAACUGAACAGCCAGGUACUGCUUUUGAAAUUAUGUGUAACAAAGUAACAGAACUGACACGGCAGGUGGAGUCACUAAUGCAGAGCCAGCAACGGCAGUCUCGAUCCCGCUCCAAUGACUUUAGGAACGAAUACCGCACGUCACGAUCCCGCUCUAAUUCCCGAUACCGACAGCAACCAGAAGACGAUACACAAUGCUGGUAUCAUUUCCAAUUUGGCUCGAACGCAAAGAAGUGUGUCAAGCCCUGCACAUUUCGGUCUGACUUAUGCGUUUAUCCACGUUCUCGCAUUCAAGAACAUCGCACGAAGACGCAGUACGAGCUCUUUGCAGCAAACGGUACGGUGAUAUCAACAUUUGGGUACGUUCACUUACAACUCAACCUAGGGUUGCGCCGCGUAUUCAGUUGGCGCUUCGUGGUGGCAGACGUCUCCAAACCAAUCAUUGGCGUCGACUUCCUUAGCUUUUAUAACCUGCUCGUCGACUGCCGCAAUCACCGCCUGGUCGAUGGGGUAACGUCACUGUCCGUCGCCGUACCACGCCAGCACCACAAGGAGGACAUCUCAUCAGUACGUACAACAUCGCCAGGGGACUCGUUGUAUAACGACAUUGUACGAGAGUUUCCGAACAUUACACGCCCAGCUGGUAAGCCAAGUGAACCAAAACACAACACGGUUCACCAUAUUAGGACGACGCCUGGCCCACCAGUAUUUUGCCGCCCUCGUCGGUUAGAUCCGGAGAGACUCACCAUUGCCAAAAAGGAGUUGGAAGAGAUGGUACAAAAUGGUACAGCUCGGAGAUCAGAGAGCCCCUGGUCCUCAGCACUGCACCUAGCACGUAAGAAAAACGACGGCUGGAGACCUUGUGGGGAUUACAGAGCAUUGAACGCUCGCACUAUUCCAGACCGAUACCCUGUGCGGCACAUCCAGGACUUUGCGCACCAGCUGGCAGGCAAAAAAGUCUUUUCUACGGUGGACCUCGUUAAAGCAUAUAAUCAGAUCCCAGUCCAUGCUGACGAUAUUCCUAAGACUGCCAUUACCACGCCUUUCGGAUUAUUUGAAUUCCCUUACAUGACAUUCGGACUUCGUAAUGCUGCACAAUCUUUCCAACGUUUUAUGGAUGAAGCACUUAGAGACCUAGACUUCUGUUUUGGGUACAUUGAUGACAUCCUAAUCUUCUCUGAAUCUCCAUUACAGCACCAGCAACACCUUCGCCAGCUAUUUCAACGUUUGACAGAUUACGGCAUACUGAUAAACACAGCGAAAUGUGUAUUUGGUAAGGAUGAAGUAACUUUUCUUGGCUUCACAGUGUCCGCAGCAGGCGUUAAACCUUUGGAGGAGAAGGUCCAGGCAGUUCAAGACUACCCGCCACCCAAGACGGUAAAGGAGUUGAGGCGAUUCCUAGGAGUCAUCAACUUCUACCGAAGAUUCAUUCCUGGAGCAGCAGCAAUACAAGCACCGCUUAAUGCCUUACUAGCUGGACCGAAAACCAAAGGAUCACACCCAGUCAACAUGACUCUAGAGCUGCUAGAAGCAUUUAAAAGAUGUAAGUCUAGUCUUUCCCAUGCCACACUCCUAGCACAUCCAGAUACCACAGCAGAGCUGGCGAUACAGACUGACGCUUCGGACCACGCUAUUGGAGCUGUACUGCAGCAAAGUAAGGGAAACACCUGGCAACCCCUCGCUUUUUUCUCCAGAAAACUCAGCCCUUCCCAAAAAAAGUACAGCCCUUACGACAGGGAAUUAUUGGCGAUUUAUGAAGCGAUUCGUUAUUUCAGAUACAUGGUUGAAGCGAGGACAUUCACCAUCUACACUGACCACAAGCCCAUUACGUUUGCAUUCAGCACUCAACGUGACAGCUGCUCACCUCGUCAGUUCCGGUACUUGGACUUCAUCAGUCAAUUCAGCACUGAUAUCAGGUACUGCCUCACCAUGAUCGACCGCUUCACUCGAUGGCCGGAGGCCAUGCCCUUGCAGGACAUCACUGCAGAAUCCUGCGCUGCCGCCUUCGUAACUGGGUGGAUUGCGCGGUUCGGUUGCCCCGAGAGCAUCAUAACCGACCGCGGCCGCCAGUUUGACAGCCAGCUGUUCAAGAGGGUCGCCGCGCUGGUAGGCGCCGACCACCGCACCACAACAGCUUAUCAUCCCGCAGCAAAUGGCCUCGUAGAGAGGCUACACCGUCAGCUCAAGGCCGCUAUAACCUGCCACACCAGUGCUCAAUGGACGGAGGCAUUACCUCUCGUGCUGCUGGGCAUACGCAGCGCGUGCAAAGAUGACCUGCAGGCGUCUACCGCGGAAUUAGUCUACGGCGAGCCACUCCGCUUACCUGGACAGUUCCUUCAGCCCAUACGGGACGACCACAUCGACGUUACCGACUUCGCCAGCAGACUGAAACAGCACAUCACUAAGCUGUCACCAACAUCUACGUCAUGGCACGGACAACGUACAUUCUACGUGCCCAAAGACCUACAGCACUCCACUCACGUGUUCCUGCGCCAGGGUCCUGUAAAACGGCCGCUACAAGCCCCGUACACCGGACCCUACAAGGUACUACGUCGGGGCUCCAAGUCAUUUGACAUAGAAGUCCAGGGUAAGACGUCAACAGUAACGAUCGACCGUCUCAAACCAGCAUAUAUCGCAGAUGACAACUUAUCAGGAAAAGACACACAAACACAGACUGUACCUACACAAAAGGAAACUACGGAAGAAGAACACAUCAGAACUACAAGAAGUGGACGAAGAGUCAAGUUUCCCGACUACUAUCACCCGUAGUCACGGUCUCAGUGGGGGAGUACUUGUAGCGGCCAAAUCCGCUACUUACUUCCGCACCGCCGCUUAUGUUCUUGGACCACACGACAUCACGCCACAUCGUACGAUCUAUGACGACAGCCUACGUCACGGGUGGUGCGAGCUGCGAACCGGCUGCAUCGCGUGCGCGUCCCCGCGCCCGCGCUCCCGCCGCACACCGCGGGCCCUGCGCCCGCCGCCACAGCUAGGCCUCCCGCGCCCGCGCCCCGCGCGUCGCAUAAAUACCAGAGGCGAUCGCCCGCGCCACGCAUUCUGCACAUUUAUUUACCUCGCGCUCACAGCUUUCCGCUUGCUUUAUUUUUGCUUUGUAUAGACGCUCAUUUCAUUCUACAUUUUGUAAAGUAUUUCUUUUAAUUAGUAGUAAAUUCAACCUUUCAUCUUUGACUCAAUCUUUCAUUCUUACUUCGCUUCAAACAAAUAUCAUAGCAUCCCUAGCUCAGCCAGGGGUAGUCAUCGAGAAGUCGUAGGAGUAGAAUACGUGCUACAAAAGUACUA